AUGGCUGCAGGUUUAGCUUCAAAGUGUUCACGCGUGGGUCGCUCAUUGUUGGGGGGGCUUGGCAACAACUCGUCUGGCUUAUUGAGCACGUCACAUGAGAUGACAUGCAGCACUUUCUUGUCUCAGCAGCAAAGGACCUUCAUACAGAUGAGGACUAUUCUCAAAGUGGUGGACAACUCAGGGGCGAAAAAGGUGAUGUGCAUACAAGCUUUGAAGGCAAACAAGAAAGGGGCAAGAUUGGGAGACACAAUUGUUGCAUCAGUAAAGGAGGCACAUCCCAAUGGGAAAGUGAAGAAAGGACAGGUUGUGUAUGGCGUGGUUGUUCGUGCUGCCAUGCAACGAGGUCGUUGUGAUGGAAGUGAGGUCAAGUUUGAUGACAAUGCUGUGGUGCUUGUUGACAAGCAAGGGAGGCAGCCGAUUGGGACUAGAGUAUUUGGACCCGUCCCGCAUGAGUUGAGGAAGAAGAAGCAUGUCAAGAUUCUUAGUUUGGCGGAGCAGAUUGCCUGA